GUUCACUUUUCUUAAGUGCGUGCGAGCAAGACGGGGCGAGUUGUCGGGUGCUGUCGCUGCGGGGGCCCGGAGGCGACUCGGCUACGAACACAGCGAGCGGCCUUCGAAGCAAGCAAAGACGAACGUCGCACCGGUCAAGGCGCGUUUCGGCGAGUCCGAGAAAGACGGAGCGCCCAGCGCGCAGCCGAGAUGGUCUUUACCUUCGAUUGGCUUUGAGCUGCCGCAACUAACAGUCAGUAGAGUAUUAGUUCGAAACACCUGUAGACGCUAGCAUGUGAUUGAAUGUAGAAUCCCGACUGAUACAGCAAAAAGCAUGUUGUCACAACGUGGUGGACACGAACCUGUAGGGCAGUGUGUCGUGUAGUGAGUUUUGUGGUCUUCGUAACAAAGGAACUCCAUUCCCCACGCGAGAUAACUCACCAGUCGGACGAGUGCAUGUCGCUCCGGGUUAGCCAAAAAUUCAGCCAUACAAGUGCCAUAUUAGCGAACGUUGAUACGUAAAAAAGUGCAAUCGCGUUAAGUGACUGUGAUAAAAACUCGAAUAGAUGCCAUAAUGACUCGUCGUAACAUGGAAGACAUGCCUCUGAAUUCUUCACCAUCUCUCGAAGCCGACGGCAGUAUGAUGUCUCCUCCUCCACCGCAAGCUUCACCAGCUGAUCGUUCGCCGAACCAAGAGGCUCCCGAAUCGCCGGCGAUGCUCGCGACGAUGACACCAGUCAACGUCAUCGAAUUAAAGAAGGAAAUGGAGGAAGAAAGUGCCAUGGGGAGGGCCCCGCUUUACGCUCAAGUUAAAACCGAAGUUAUUUCGUACGACAAAGACGAACUCUAUGCUCAAAGUAUCCAGGACAAAAACGACACACCCAUAGACUUAAUUUACGAAGAUGGCAACAAGACCGUCAUUUACACCACGGCAUUUGAUCAAAAGAGCCUCGAGAUUUAUUCGGCCGAUAAUGGCGGCGACAUUACGAUUAAUAACUUAAGUGCCCAUCAGAUACACGGGGGGCAAAUCGCGGACGGGUUGAUCGACGGAAACUCAAGCACGAUUACGGGGGGCGAAUCGAGCGGGAGCCCCCCCGGGACAGUGUCAGUGGUACUUCAAGGGAACCAAGGACUUUUACAGUAUCCCGCUCAAGCUCAAGUGCCCACGGUUCUCGUGCUCUCGGAGAUGACAGAGGACGAGGGGGUGCCCGUCAUUGGACUCAGGAAACGGAGAGAUAAUUUAGAGUCUGAAGGCAAUACAGUUCAUCAAUCUAACAGUGGCGGAGACUUACCGAUAGUUGUUCAACGGGGUAUGGCAGAGUUGCCCGAGGGGGCGGCGCCUCCUGAGGAUCAGCACCCUUGGCGUACAUACGAGCACCCCUUAACGGCCGCCACUACAGCGAUGUUGAACAUCAGCGGCGGUGCCGAAGACCAGUCCACAGCUAUGGGGUUAAUUUACGAAUAUUACAAAUUUCAACCGAUUUCCGGGGAAUCCAAAGACAAACUCGCUGAUAUUUGGCCGGCAAGUUCCCAGGCCGGAGGCAUCCUAACGUCCCAGCUGAAAGCGACCAAUGGACUGGUGAGUGGGGCGGGGCUAGAGCUGCCGACCCCUCCCCAGCUUAAUUCGCAAGACUUGCAAGGUUUAUUUAUUAACCAACACGUCGGCUACACGCAGGCCGCCGCCUCUGCCCAGAACUUCCAGCUGGUGAAACGGGAGCCCGAGGACCUCAGCCACCACCGGAAGUUGGAGUGCUCUUCGCCGGGUUCCGUCAGCCUGGACGGGUCCAUCAUCAGCAGCAAGCAGCGGCACAAGGUCGUGCUGGUGUCCUCUGCAGGAGGUCAGCACGGAGACCUGGUGGUGGAUGUGAAUUCGGUCAAGGACGAGAGCCACCGGGGUCUGAAUUCGCCCCAGCACGGUUCCCGUAGCGUAAACGCUACGCCGACAUCGACCCACAGUCACAGCAGCCUGUUGGCCGACGGCUCCAACACGGGACCCAUCGAGUUCAUCUCUUCGGAUGGCAUCAAGCCGGCCAUGUACGCCACGCAAAUAUUCGCCGCCAUGACCAACAACGGCCAUGGCGGCAGCGGCACCCCCUCCCCCAUCCCCUACAGUGAUCAUGUGACACAGUACACGCAAAGCGGCGCCGGCACCGCCACCUACGCCGCCUCCGGCAGGACAGCCACGUCGGCGGCGUUCGCCGUCUCCGAUCCGUACUACCGCGAGUACUUCACGACGGGCGCCUCCGGGGGCGCCACCCCCGAGCCGGUCUACUCCGGCCAGCUGCGCCAGACCCAGGCCUACAGUGAGGAGGUGGGGGGUGGCGGGACUACUGCCAGUUUCGUCGAGCGCUACGUGCGCCAACCUUACCACAGCAAGGGCGUCAUCGCCGCCGCCACGGCCGCCGGCCUCACUGUCGACCUGCCCAGUCCGGACAGUGGUAUCGGAGCCGAUGCCAUCACACCCCGCGACCAGAACACCUUGCAACAGAACUACGAGUAUCCAGAAAUCUGCCCUAACCCCCCUAACAUUUUGGAUCCUCUGACGAUUUCCCAACGAAACAGUUCAAGCUCUCAAUCACCUGGAUCUCAAACAACGAGUAGAAGUCGACCUUGGCACGAUUUUGGUCGUCAAAACGACGCGGACAAAAUUCAAAUUCCAAAAAUAUUUUCGCCGGUGGGGUUCAAAUAUCAGCUAGAAACGCCUAUUUCGACGUCCCAAAGGCGCGAGGAUGACCGGAUUACGUACAUAAACAAAGGCCAAUUUUACGGAAUAACUUUAGACUAUAUCCCAGACCCUGACAAGCAGCUCAAAUCACAAACAGUAAAGAGCAUCGUCAUGCUUAUGUUCCGGGAAGAGAAAAGCCCAGAGGACGAAAUCAAAGCAUGGCAGUUCUGGCACGGCCGACAGCAUUCCGUUAAACAACGAAUUUUAGAUGCAGAUACGAAGAAUAGCGUGGGUUUAGUGGGCUGUAUAGAAGAGGUAGCGCACAAUGCUAUAGCGAUCUACUGGAAUCCAUUAGAAAGCCCCGCGAAGAUUAACAUAGCAGUGCAAUGUUUGAGUACAGACUUUAGUAGCCAAAAAGGCGUCAAAGGCUUGCCUUUACACUUACAAAUCGAUACGUACGAAGACCCGCGAGAUAAUACCGUUUUCCACCGUGGGUAUUGCCAAAUCAAAGUCUUUUGUGAUAAGGGGGCGGAGCGUAAAACGCGCGACGAAGAACGAAGAGCCGCGAAGCGGAAAAUGACAGCCACCGGCAGGAAAAAGCUCGACGAGUUGUACCACCCCAUGUGCGAGCGUUCGGAAUUCUACUCGAUGAGCGACUUGAACAAACCCCCAGUUCUAUUUUCGCCGGCCGAAGACAUAGACAAGUUGACGUCGAUGGAGUUGCAGGGUUUCUACCCCCACGACACCGACAACUCGUUGACGGGUCCCGUUGACCACGUCAAGUCCGGGUCGCCUUUCCUCCUUCACGCCGCCGCCAAACCCCCCACCACUCCCACAUUAAAGUUCCACAACCACUUUCCCCCAGAUGCAGACAAAAAAGACAAUAUCCUCGAUAAUAGUUUGACAACGGACGGGAACGUGUUCUCGCCGCCUCUGAAAAGAACCAAAAUGAUCACAGGCCCCGGGAGUGCGGGUCCACCCCCGCUGCACGAGAGGGUAAUGUUGUACGUGCGUCAGGAAGUUGAUGAUGUGUAUACUCCCCUUCAUGUGGUGCCCCCCACCACGGCCGGUCUGCUGAAUGCGAUUGAGAAUAAGUACAAAAUAAGCGCUUCGAGCAUAAAUAACUUGUAUCGCAAAAACAAAAAAGGCAUUACGGCCAAGAUUGAUGACGAUAUGGUAGCGUACUAUUGCAACGAAGACCUGUUCUUGUUGGAGCUCAAGAUUGUGGAAGAAGACCUAUUUGAUAUUACUUUUGUAGAACUCUCUGACCAUUGAAAAAUUGCCAUAAUAUUAAUAACGUACUUUCCAUUUUAUUUCAUAAUUUUUGUGAUUGUUUUUAUACAAUGUAAUAUUACUUAUAGAUUUUUUAUUGUAGAAUUUUAUCAUUGUUCAUAGUAUUUAGACUCAAUCAUUUUUAUGAAGUUUGUUAGUGUGUUGUUUUUAUUUUUCUUAUGAUCUUUUAUUUAUAAAAUAUUAAAAUGAUCAAUAACAUCCAAUGUUCUUUUUUAUUUAUGAAAUAAUAUAAAAAAGUGACUUGAUGUAAUGUUGAAAUUUUAUUUACAUGGAUCAAUGUUUAUAUAUUGUUUUAAUUUUUUUUAGAUGUUUUUUAUUAUCGCUAAGUUUUAGAUUUGGUCGGCGUGACCAACGAUCUCAAAAUUGAAUCAUGUAAAUGAUCUGAGGGUUGGGAUAAGGAAAUUACUCAUUGUAUAUAGAUUUAGAAAUGACAUGUACAUAGAUCAAGCCAUGACCUAGCCUAGGUAUACAUUCCUUGUGAUAAGAAUAUGAACAUUGUAGCCCAGACAUCAUUAUAUUGCGAGUAUGCACAAUUUCGCAAAAAUUAUAAGUACCUGACUUAUGCUUUAUCAGUAAUCUAAUCUUUUCGAACAACUUUCUCAAAAAUCAAUAUUUUGGGUACUACUAAUUAACUGACUCUUCAUAAAUUAGGAUGGGAUUUCUUAAUCCCAACAUUCCACAUGGUACUGAUAUGACUAAAUCAUAGUCGUGUAUAUUUCAAGUAAUUUAUUGUUCGUAUGCAACAAUUGUAGUCUGUUGUAUGCGUGUUAUUUUGAUAUUAGACUAGUUUAGAAUAAGUAAGAUAGCUCUCUGCAUGUAGUUUUACCUAAUGUAGGAGUAUUCUAUAACUAUCAUACUUAAAUGAUAAGUUAAUGAACAAUGUUAUC